GCUGUUACUGUAAGUCGCUUUCAGUUUCCACAUGCAUCUAUUCACAAAUCUGCGGUGUUGAACAAGAGGAGAGUCGGACUGGGAGGAUCACCACGCGGCGGUUAAUCAUCUCGUCUCUCAGUUUUGACCAACUUGUUGCGCAGCUGCUAUUUCUAACCUCCUCUGUGGUCCGUCGGCGCAGUGGGACAGGGGCUGCUCUUAUUCACCAGCACACAAGGCGCUGUUUUGUGCUUCAUUGGCCAUAAGAAGAUGACGGUUUUGUAUGGAUUGUUAUGAAGUCCAGCAGCCUACAGUGAAUUUUGCAGUCUCUUUAAUAUGAUCUCAGAAACGGGAUGCAAGUCAUGAGCUGGACGCGUCCUUGCCACGGACUAGACUGGAGCCACAGCCUCUUCUACCUGACUUUACUCCUGUGGACCAGACGCAUGACUGGACUGGCUGACUUUUCAAACUACCUGUCCAGGAUCAUCACCAGUCACUCCGCUCAAGCGUGUGACGGACAGCCUCUGCGACUCCACUGUCCACGUCACUCCGCCAUCUCCAUCCAGUCUGCCUUCUAUGGGAGCGGCGAGGCGCGGCUGUGUAGAGCAGACCCAGACCCUCCGCUCAGAACCCACAACCACAGCUGCUCAGCUUUUACUGCUCUACAGAAGCUGCUGUCGGAGUGUCAGAGCCACAGAGAUUGCCAGCUGCCUGUCAACCACCUGCUGUUUGGGAAGGACCCCUGUCCUGGCACUACCAAAUACCUCCAUGUGGACUACAAGUGUAAACCAAAUGAACACAAAAGACAUGUGGUGUGUGAGGGGGAGACGAUGAUUCUGCGCUGUAAGCCCCCCAAGGCUCUGAACAUCUAUGCAGCUGUCUAUGGGAGAAGUCUUGGCCAGACUGACACCUGCCCCUCACGCCUGACAAGACCACCCCCAUUUGAGUGUCUGAACCACGAGGCUGUACACUUGGUGUCCAAGUCCUGCUACAGCAAACAGAAGUGUGCUGUUGCUGUAAGCAACCAGACCUUUAGGGACCCCUGCUUUCCAGGAACCAGGAAGUACCUCAGUGUGGUCUAUUCUUGUGUAGUACCGCAGACUUUACUAAGAGAGGCAGACCCUUACAUAUUCAGCUCCACCUCGUCUCCCACUGUGGACACAGAAAAAGCAGCCCCUCCUGUAGAUCUGGAGGAGCAUUUUCCCAAAGGGUCAAGAAAGCCAGACAACUCAGGAGCCAUGAUGAGCACCUCUCUCCUGACCUAUGCCUACAUCAAAGAGCAUCCAGAAAUGGCAGGGCUGCUGUUCACCUCCAGUGUGUGUGUUGGUCUUCUGCUCACACUGUUGGCUGUAUCGGUCCGAGUGACCUGCAGAGCCAGACGCCAGCUCGGAGAUCACAGACUCGCACCCAAGUCUCAUAUCCAGGCUUUCAACUGCCAGGAGGAGGACGAUGAUGAUGAUGACGAAGAGGGAACAGAAAGCUCUUUAAUCUCAGCCGCAGAAAGGAAGGCGAUACACGGCUGGGAGGAAGGGACUUAUGUGAGCGAGGCAGCCGAACGGGCGGAGAGGAUUGAGCGCAGGGAGAUGAUCAUACAGGAGAUAUGGAUGAAUGCCUAUAUGAAUGGCAGCUCAUGUUAGAGGUCCCAUGGCAUGCUGCUUUUUGGAUGCUUUUAUAUAGGCCUCAGUGGUCCCCUAAUACUGUAUCUGAACUCU